AUGAAUCAAAAAGUAAAUAGCGCCGAUGGAGGUGCUGCAGUCUAUUUUCUUUAUGCUGGCCAUAUUGCUUUAUCAAAAAGUAAGCAUAGCCUUGCAAUAGACAAUUAUAAAAAAAGUAGAAAAAUAUAUGAAAAUAUUUUCGGGCCAGCUAUGAUGGAAAUUGCUAAUAUUGAUAAUCUACUUUCUAUGUCGUAUAUGGAAAUAAAAAACCUGGCAGAAGCUAAAAGAUGGGCGCAAAGUGGGUGAAGGGUUGGCUAACUCUGAUUGCGUAUCCCUGCAAAAAAAUAGAUUAGCCUAACAAAAAAGUGGAUUGUGGAUUUGUUUUUAAUACUGUAAUAGACACCUUAAAUGGUUUUUUCCCUAGUUUUUUCUAAUAGUUAAUGCUAAUAUUAAUAAGAAAUCUUCUUUGAUAGGCCCGGGAAAUUCACACCCCUACGACUCUGCGUUCUUAAAGCGGUGGUAGAACGCUAUUCACCUCAGCAGAAAAUCAAUUGGCACACAUAAUCUUGACUUCCAUGACUCUUAAGCCUCGUGUUUUACCGCCUGGGCUAAAUCCCAAUUUCUCAUUAGGCAGAUGUCACCUUGGAAUAUUUUUUAUUUUUUAGUACAGAAUAAUUUAUUUUUUAAUGAUUGAGGGAGUUGAAUAAAAAUAGGUUAUUUAAAAUAUUAACAAAUAUCAUAUAAAAUUCCUUAUUAUCAGAAUAAGAAGUUUAUUUUUGAAAUGAGAAGAGGGAUGAGGAUAAAAACAGAAUAUUUAAAAUAUCUCCAAAUGUGCUAUAAUCGCUAUAAUAUAGUUCAAAACAGAAAAUCCUAAAAUAUCUCAUAUUUCUUAUUAGUAAGAGUAAGUUUAUUUUUGAAGAGGUGGGUAAAUAAAAAAAUUAAAAAUUAAAUCGCCUAAUCCUUUUUGCCAAAAUUAUCCCUCUAAUUUUGGCGAUUUUGCCUGUCCCGCUGUCUAUUAUAGCAUUAAAAAAAUUCCUUAAAUCCUCACGUUUUUUGUUGGGCUGCCCUAUUUUUCUACAGUUAUAAAAAUCAGAAACAGCAAAACCGCUUCACCUACACAAAGUGCUAUUGGUAUAAGGGAUACUUUAAAGGAAUAUGACAUCGAACUUAUAAAGAGAUUAGCAUUAUUAUGUAAAGAUUUGGGAAACGAUAAAGAAGCAGAAGAAGCUUGCGAAAAAGGAGCAAAAAUUACGCAAUUUUAUAAAGGAGUGAAUAGCUUAGAAAUUGCUCUUUUUUAUAAUGAAAUGGGGAAAAAAUUAGAAAUUAAUGGAGGUGUAGGGAUCUCCAAAAAGUUAUUUGCAAAAUGCUUAGAAGCCCUAAAAAAAGUCUCUUAUCAAAAUUCAUAUGAGGUUACCACAUGCUAUGAUGAUUUAGCAGUUAAAGCAUAUCGCUUCGGCGAGCUUGAAAAAUCAAUAGAUUGUUCGCAAAAAUCGCUGACAAUCAAUUCAAUGCUUGGAAUGAUCCCAUAUGGCGCUACGAUGAAUUAUUUCUAUCUUGGAUCGGCUUAUUAUGACUUAAAAAAUUACGAAAAAGGUGAAGAAUAUCUUCUAAAAGCAAAAAAUUUACUAGAAAGCGAGAAUAGUGAUAAAAUGACUUUAGAAGCAUGCUUAAGUGGGCUUGGCUGUUUGUACCGAGAUAUGGGAAGAUAA